UCUCAUCGUCAGUCGGUGAGGCAUAAAAUAGAAGAUCUCGUUAAACCCGUUGAGGUACCAAUACCAAAAAUAGAAGACAGUGAAGGAGUUAACACCGUUGGUUUCGUUGAGGAGACUGGAUUGCUUGUAAGUGAAGAGGCCAAGUCUAUGGUACUCGAUGAGUUCAGAACACGACCUUUAGUCAGAGAACUUGCUGAGGAGAAUGGCCUGAACGAAAGGCUUUUUAUCGAAGCAUAUAGCUUCCGUAAUUAUUGCCGGAAUGCGAAGCCCUUAGACCCUGCAAUAUUCGUCAUUAUAAGCGACAUUUUUUUAGGACAUAGCGUCGAUAGCCUUUUUCCGUACUUUCUGGCUCAUGCCCGUAAAGUUUUCCCGCAUUUGGAGUGCAUUGAUGACCUGCGUAGAAUUUCUGAUUUAACCCAACCGCAUAACUGGUACGCAGAAGCAAGAAAGCUUUUUAGAAAAGUCGUUUUUCAUGCAGGUCCAACAAAUAGCGGUAAAACGCAUGAAGCAGUGCAACGGUUUUUCAAUGCGAAGAAUGGCAUUUACUGUGCUCCUUUAAGGCUACUAGCUGCAGAGAUUUUUCUUAAAUCUAAUAAAGCAGGUAUUUACGUGAAAUGUGACUUGGUUACGGGUGAGGAACGCCGAUACGCAACCAGUAUUUCCUCACCUUCUGAUCACGUGUCCUGUACUGUUGAAAUGCUACCAACGGAUAAAGUAUAUGACGUUGCCGUCAUAGAUGAAAUACAGAUGUUAAGAGAUGAGCAGCGAGGCUGGGCUUGGACGAGAGCUUUGCUCGGAGUAGCUGCAAAAGAAGUUCAUCUCUGCGGUGAAGCAUCUGCCAUUGACAUUGUGAAGAAACUUUUGGAUGAAACUGGCGAGCAUGUGGAAGUGCGAAAUUACGACCGAAUGUCUAAGCUCGACAUAAGGAAUCAUGCGCUGGGGUCGUUGGAUAAAUUACAGGACGGAGACUGCAUCGUAUGUUUUAAUAAGGCAAAGAUUUUUGGUCUUACGCGUGAGUUAGAUAGGUUAGGGAUUAAGUUUGCAGUCAUAUACGGUGAUCUACCUCCAGGGACGAAAUUAGCACAAGCAGCUAAAUUUAAUGAUUUGAGUGAUCCUACAAAUGUUCUUGUUACUACGGAUGCAAUUGGAAUGGGUAUGAACCUUAAUAUUCGUAGAAUAAUCUUUGCUUCUCUUACGAAGAUGGGAAAGUUUAUCCCAAAUUAUCAUGCAUUACAAAUCGCAGGUCGAGCUGGUCGUUAUGGUACGCAGUAUGAAGACGGCGAAGUGUUGGCCUUGAAUGAAGGGGACAGCCUGAAACUAUGUCAGCUUUUGUCAGAACCAAUUGAACCGAUAAAACAAGUUGGGAUCUCACCUACAUUUGAACAGGUCGAAACUUUUGCAUAUCACCUCCCCAAAGCAACUUUCUGCGACCUUCUCGAUAUAUUUGUAUCAGUCUGCUCAAUAAAUGACCGUUUUUUUAUUUGUACAUCUGUAGAACACAUGAAAGCUCUUGCACAAUUUAUCGAACAUGUAUCGUUGCCCCUACAGGUGCGCUACUAUUUUUGUAUUUCUCCUUUGGACCCUGAGGAGCAUUUCCAAGGACAGUUUCUUCUUAAGUUGGCGAGAAGAUUUUCACAGGGGCAGGCAUUAGACUUUGAAUGGUUGUGUUAUGCUAUUGGGUGGCCUCCUAGGCCUCUCGGAAGAUUAACUGACCUUUUUCAUUUGGAACAAAUGCAUGCUGUUUUAGAUGCGUAUCUUUGGUUGAGUUUUAGGUUCCAGGACAUGAUGCCGGCUGAGCAUGAAGCGCUCGAUUUAAAAGAGCAGAUAGAUACUAUGAUUCAAGAUGGGCUGGAAAGGAUUGUAGAAUUAUAUGCUAGUCAUAACGCAAAGAGCGAUGGUAUCAGGAAAAAAAUUGACGAAAGAACACGAGUUGCUGAAGAAAAGCGUACUAUAUCAGAAAGCCUUGUUGCUCGAGGGUUGUUAAGUGCUUCUCAACUUGAACAGUUAAAAGCGGAAUUGAGGCAAGAGGAAAUACGUAAACUACGGUUAAGAAAGUAG